AUGAACAUUCAGGGAGAGCCUGUUGGGUUUAUUGGCUUAGGAAACAUGGGAGGUCCCAUGGCCAAGAAUUUGUUGAAUGCAGGACAUGAGAUUUUAGUCCAUGACAUAUUCUCAGAGGCUGUUGUAGAUCUGAAACAACUGGGAGCUGCUACUGCUGCCACGCCCAGUGAAGUAGCUUCCAAGGCAACUACAAUUGUCACCAUGUUACCUUCGAGUGGAACAUUAAGCUUAUUUNGUUCUGUGAAGCCUGGAUCAUUGUUAAUUGACACAAGCACCAUAGAACCAGCAGUUGCCAAGGAGAUGGGUGAAAUUGUACAGAGCAAAGGAGCCACUUUUCUGGAUGCACCAGUCUCUGGAGGGGUAACAGCAGCUAAAGGAGGAACAUUAACAUUUAUGGUUGGUGGUGAAGAUGACGCUUAUGAAAGGGCCUCAAAAAUAUUACAACACAUGGGAAAGAAUGUAAUUCACACUGGAGCUACUGGCACAGGGCAGGCAGCCAAGAUUUGCAACAAUUUGUUACUAGCUGUGAGCAUGAUAGGGGUCUCAGAGGCCACAAAUCUUGGAAUCCGGCUGGGUCUGGAACCAGAAAUGAUCGCCAAGGUUAUUAACACAAGCAGCGGUCGUUGCUGGUCCAGCGACACCUACAAUCCCUGUCCUGGGAUCAUUGAAGGGAUCCCUUCUAGCAACAACUAUCAAGGAGGAUUUGCCUCACAGCUUAUGGUCAAGCGGUUUAACUGA